UGGUCAUCUCCUGUACUGUGUCCGCAGUCUCUGGUCAUCCCUGUACUGUGUCCGCAGUCUCUGGUCAUCCCCUGUACUGUGUCCGCAGUCUCUGGUCAUCUCCUGUACUGUGUCCGCAGUCUCUGGUCAUCUCCUGUACUAUGUCCGCAGUCUCUGGUCAUCUCCUGUACUGUGUCCGCAGUCUCUGGUCAUCCCCUGUACUGUGUCCGCAGUCUCUGGUCAUCUCCUGUACUGUGUCCGCAGUCUCUGGUCAUCUCCUGUACUGUGUCCGCAGUCUCUGGUCAUCUCCUGUACUGUGUCCGCAGUCUCUGGUCAUCUCCUGUACUGUGUCCGCAGUCUCUGGUCAUCUCCUGUACUUCUGCAGUCUCUCCGGUCAUCUCCUGUACUGUGUCCGCAGUCUCUGGUCAUCUCCUGUACUGUGUCCGCAGUCUCUGGUCAUCUCCUGUACUGUGUCCGCAGUCUCUGGUCAUCUCCUGUACUGUGUCCGCAGUCUCUGGUCAUCAUCGUAUCUCCUGUACUGUGUCC